CCAAAGCAACAUUGGCAGCACUGACGAUGCUCCUUUCCAGAUGGUUUGUCCAGUGACUAAUUCGCGACGGAGCGGAUUCUCACGUAGGAGAGGAGUGUUUUAACUGUUGGAUUGCAAUUCGUUCAGAUGAGUCUUUGAGUGACGGUAAGUGUGCGAACGGCUACGGGCAAUACGUCGUCCGCGUCGUUAAGCCGCUUCUCUCCGUCUCCUCUCGGCCGCGCUGCAUCUCGAGAGCAUGCAUUGUUUACUUCGGGAUACAACGACGCACAUAGCACGUCGAUGACGCGGGUGCUCCUCGUAAAAAUACUUCGUUGAGGAAUUUCUCUUGGCGCCUGUCGACAACAAUUGUCCGGGUGCUAAGUACACUCUCAGUUGCCCCGUGAUUACGAUCAAUCUGUUACGUGUCUACCCACGUAGUACAUAUGUGGGGUUGCCGUUGGUUGUUGGAUGUGCUUGUGUACAUACACAACCAUUUAUUUAUGUUGUAUUUUUCAGUUGUCAAAUGCGUCCGAUACGUCACUCUCGAAUUUGCGAGUGAUCAAAGUGAUUUAUGUGUAUAUUGAUGAUUGCUCAUCCUACUGAGUCCAUUAAGUUUUAUUAAAAGAACAUAUCCUGAAAGAAACAACAAAGGUUGUAACUUUCAUUAAGACACUACAUCAUGACAGAGUAUAAGCUUGUAGUAGUAGGUGCUGGUGGUGUUGGGAAGUCAGCUCUUACUAUUCAGCUGAUACAGAAUCACUUUGUUGACGAGUAUGAUCCUACUAUAGAAGAUUCGUAUAGAAAACAAGUAGUGAUCGACGGUGAAACAUGUCUUCUAGAUAUAUUAGAUACAGCAGGACAAGAGGAAUACAGUGCAAUGAGAGAUCAGUACAUGAGAACAGGAGAAGGGUUUUUGUUAGUAUUUGCUGUAAAUUCAGCUAAAAGUUUCGAGGAUAUUAGUACAUAUAGAGAACAAAUAAAACGAGUAAAAGAUGCAGAGGAGGUACCAAUGGUAUUAGUCGGCAAUAAAUGCGAUCUUCAGCAGUGUUGGGCAGUAAACAUGGCUCAAGCGAGAGAAGUCGCGCGGCAGUAUGGUGUACCUUUUGUAGAAACCUCAGCAAAAACAAGAAUGGGUGUAGAUGAUGCUUUUUAUACUUUGGUCAGAGAAAUACGGAAAGACAAAGAACUUAGAGGUAAAGAAAAGAAAAAACGUAAUAAAGUCGGUAAUGCCGGACGCAGGAGACAUCGAUGCUGUCUUUUAUAACUCUUUGGAUAACACCAAUAUAUUUUCACUCGACUACAUAUUACAACGCAGAAAUAGAAUACGAAAAGCCUUACAUUAUGUUCACAGUGCACAAAUAUUUGCAGCUUAUUCUAUAGAAUAUUGUAAUAAUUUACUAGCACAAUUUUUUCUAUACAUUGAGAGAAGAACAAAUUACCUAAUAGUACUGUAUAAUAUUACGUACAUUUUUACUAAUGGAUUUAUGUUUGGUAAGAAAUGUUUACCCGGCAAUUUGCCAUACGUUUCGUAAUAUUCCAUUAAACCGAAGUGUCUUAACCCUUGAUUGACUGGAAGAGUGAUAACUAUUUUCUUCGUUACAUGUAAUGAUGUUGACACAAAAAAGACAUUGAAUUUCAUAUGCAUGUUUAUAGAAAAUCGGAAAGCUACAACAAAUUCACAAAUCUAUCGAAUUUCAUGCAGAGAUUUAUAUUGGCCAAUAUUAAUCGUCAUUUAUACAGGAGAUUAUAAAACAUAUAGAAUAAAUAAGCCAAUGAUAAAGAAUUUGUAUUAAAUAACACGGCAUGUAUGUAUUGUGCGAGUUUAUUUUUCAUAAUUAUAUUGUAGAUAUUUAAUUGAUAUACAUAUAUAUACUAUAAUCAUUCGUUGCGCGCUAAUGAAUUUUAAUCAAACAGCAAUAUUAUAAUACAUUAUUAAAAAAUAAAAUCUAAUCAAUGUACGAAUUGUAUAACUUAUGAAUUAAGUUUUGAUCAUUGUCAUUUUUAGUAUUCUGAACAUUAUAUGGUAAAGAAAUAACUUUCAUCAUUUUCUAAAACAAGAAACUCAAGAGUCACAGAAUAGAUAUCACAAACUUAAUUCAUUAUGUGCUGUGAUUAGAUAUUCUUAAGUACAUGCCAGAUUAGUUAAGUGUUUACUGUGAUUAAGUAUCUGCAAUUUUGAAGUAAGACCUUAUUUCAUAAUGUAGGAAUAUAUAAAUGUACUCUAUCUUACAAAGAAACAUAAAAGUGUCUUUCAUUAAUUUUUUUAUGAGUUUUGAAUAUAUUGAGAGCAGUUAAAAUAAGAUAUUUCUUUUUAUAUAUGUUUCCUCUCUCUCUCUCUCUCUCUCUCUCUCUCUCUCUCUCUCUCUCUCUCUCUCUCUUGCGUUUCAAACAAUCCCUCGCAAAUAAUUUGAUAAAAUUAGUUACAAGCAAAUAUAUUUGAAAUGAUGAAAUAUAUGAAAAAAGAUAUUUUCGACAAAACUUUUAUGGUAUUUAAAAAUCUGUAAGCGACACUUCCAUAUGUUACCUUGUAAGAAACAUGAAUACUCUUGUCAUUAGUACAAUUUGGAAAUAAUACGAAUCAGAUAACGAAUAUUGUAUAAUGAUAUCAAAAUAAAUUCGUAUGGCGAUUGUUAAAUUUGAGAGGAUAUAUCGCUUUCUUGUAUUAAUUUCUCAUAUAUCACCUAUUAUAUAUACUUCUCAUAUUACAUAUUAUUAACCAAAGGCUUAUUCAACUAUAAUGUAUGUUUAUUCUCCUAUAAAUAAUGAAUUUAUUACAAGAAAGCUGUAUUCCUGCUAAUAUAUGCUUAUAGAUUUAUUUUUCUCUACACAUUUAUGUAGGAGAAUCUAAAUAUACUUAAAACUAUUAUCUCUUAAACUUUAAGAGGAAGCGUAAGAGAGACUGCUGUCAAUUGAGUUGAUACAGUAACAAAGACUUACGUUUCUGCUUUACUAAUAAUAAUUUUCUAUAAUAUAGCAUAUCGUAUCAUAGUUAAUAAAGUAAAUAUAUACUUAUCGUAAUUUAUAUUGCGAUACUCACACAUAGUUUAAUCAGUAAAGUUAUCAUAAAACGAACGAUACGACGAACGUAAAUACAGUACUCAAGUUAAUUGAGUAUUCUUUUCUGACAAUAAGAUAAUUUCGACAUAAUGAAUUUAUUCUUCAAUUAAUAUACAACGUAAAUAUUGACUAGCCUCUGUAAUAUGUUCAAGGAACAAUCAAGGGUUAAAUCCUUCACCAAGCAAUGCAAACAAUACAACUUCCAUAUUCUCGUAUGCGUGUACAUGUCGUAUUCUUUAACAUUAAUGUUUCUAUAUAAUGAAAAUGUGUAUAUAUAACUAUACACGGCAUAAAUAUUACAUGAUUCAAUUUCAUAUAUCUGAAACUUUUUAUAUAGAACUUAUUCGUUAUAUGCAUUCGCUUGUUGAAUGCUUGCCUAUAAGAUCGUUAUGGCUCGUUUGCGCUGUUUUAUAACAUUGAUUAAAGUUUUCAUAUGUUUAGCUUUCUUAAAAUAAUAUUUUAUCAUUGAUACGAGUUUUUAGAUAGAAAUAUAUCAAUUAUAAAUAACGUUCAACGAUAUAUUCAUAUUUCAUACAUUAUAAUCGAAGUUCGUCAAUAAAGUUUUACAUAAAGUUCAA